AUGGCGAGUACUUCAGUCACCGCCUCCACCUCCCUCCCCGAUCAACCUCGCCCGAGUCGUUUGCGCCGCUUCAGUCAACUGCGGACUUACACUCAGACUCUAUCGUCCACUGGCUCUCAGCGAUCGAGAAAUAGUAUAAGUAGUCGAGUGCCUUGGCGCUCCUCGGUGUCGGGCUCAAACUCUCCGGUGGAGAACUCCACCACUCCAUGUCCUGAAAUUGAACCAUCUCUCUCCCGCUACACCUCCGCGCCUGCCCCUACUUACGGUAUUGGUGAACUCAACAGCCACACCUCCUCCACAGAGUCUGCCACCUCCACCCCGUUGAACGAGGUUGCGGAAACGCCAGAUGAUAUGGCGCGGCUGAGGAGCGCAUCGGCCGUCCAGCGCCCCCCCUCUCGCACACUGGAACGGACAACCACUAAUUCUCAAGAACCAACCCCGUCCCCUGAACCGAGCGUAGCCUCAAACCAUACAGCAGAAGCUACCCCCGCGGAGUCGAAUACCCCACCAAGGGCGGAAACAAAAGCGACGAUUCGGUUCUUUCCCUACACGGACGCCUCUCAGAGCUCCAGGCCGUCUCUACCUUUCGUCCCAGUCACUCGAACUCUUCCAUCGGAAAGCUGUGUGAUUCGUGUUGGCCGAUACUCUGAACGUGAUGGUGUUCCGAUCCCCAACCCAACUGAACCUACCGAUACCCCUGUUGGUUUCAAGUCCAAGGUUGUGAGUCGGAAACAUUGCGAGUUCUUGUAUGUGAAUGGGCAAUGGCACAUCAAGGAUGUUGGAAGUUCAUCGGGAACUUUUUUGAACCAUAUGCGCCUAAGUCAGCCGAACAUGGUCUCUCGUCUGUACUCCAUCAAGGAUGGCGAUAUUGUGCAGUUGGGUAUUGAUUUCCGCGGGGGAGAAGAAAUGAUUUUCCGAUGCGUUCGAAUCCGUAUCGAAUGUAAUCGUUCAUGGCAGCAGAAGCCUAAUGAGUUCAACAAAAACACCGAGAGUUUGAUCAAAAACCUUGGGAAAGGAGAGACUGCUGACUAUUCGGGCUGCCGCGAAUGCUCGAUUUGCCUUGGCUCUGUCCUGCGGCCCUACCAGUGUUUAUUCAUGGCAGCAUGUGCGCACGUCUGGCAUUACAAAUGCAUCAGUCGUCUGCUGCACUCGCCAGACUACCCUAUGUUCCAAUGCCCGAACUGUCGCGCGUUUACCGACCUCAGCGCCGACGUUGAUGAUACCAACGAAAUCGAUGACACGCCAGCAAACGACGAGACCGGAGAUCAGGCCUCAAAUUCCACGGGAGAACCGGAAGCAGAUGCACCCUCGACUUCUGCAACGAACAGCACAGCAGAGCCGCGUGACCAUCUGCAAGAACUUCCCGAGGAAGCAAUGUUGGCCAACAAUGUCGAGAAUUUGCAUUUAGAAGAGCUGGAUCAGGAAAUGGAACACGCUUUCCGCACAGCCUCUCCAGCUCUGGAUCCGGCCAGCACCAGUCUCGCCCGCAGCGCCACUAUAAGUAUACCUGGCUGGCAGCCGUCGCUGCCACUCAGCGUGCCUGCGGGUCGCCAACCUCAUCUGCGAUCCGACACGCCCACUUCCGAUGACAACCCAUUGACUCCGCGAAAUGACUCUGGACCGCUGGCAUUUGAUGGUCGAGCAGGCAUGCCGUAG